CGCGAGGGCUGCUGAGGCUGAGCUUCGGGCGCUUCGCGUGCAGAUGAUAGGCGUGUGAGCGCGGGCCGCUGUUACUCUUCACUGGACACCCAUGGUGAAUCGCUCAUGGGGUCUGAACGAGUGAAGAUGGGGAAACGUCCACCGCAGGAUGCUGUAAAUGCCACUCAGGCACAGAAUAUGCCCCCCAACAUGCUGGGAAGUGUGAACACGCAGACCCUCGGCUGGCUCAACGCUCCACCAAACGCCUGCUGCUUCUGCUGGUGCUGCUGCUGUAGCUGCUCUUGUCUGACGGUACGAUCUGCAAAGGAGGAAAGGAUUCUGACGACAAUCUCAGAAAAACAAGACAAGGUCAAUAUUGACCACAUGCCUCCGCUAACGUUGGAGGAGGUGCGUUCUUGGGGAGAGUCUUUUGAGCGGUUAAUAAAGAGCGCACAAGGCCGCGCACUCUUCCAACAGUUUCUCAAGACUGAGUUUAGCGAAGAGAACCUGCUGUUCUGGCUCGCCUGUGAGGAACUGAAGAAAGAGACCAACAAAACCGUGGUGGAACAGACUGUGAAACAAAUAUAUGAGGACUACGUCUCUAUACUGUCACCGAAAGAGGUAAGCCUGGACUCGCGUGUGCGAGAAGUGAUCAACAGGAACAUGCAGGAACCUUCCUCGAGCACGUUUGAUGAUGCGCAGCAGCAGAUAUACACGCUCAUGCAGCGGGACUCCUACCCACGAUAUAUGAACUCCAGCGUGUAUGCAGACCUCAUGAUCAGCCUUGAACAACCCAAGGACUCCUAACACACACAGGCACACAAGAUCUAGAAAUCAGAAAUGGGCUAUAGUAGGAAUAGUUCACCCUAAUAUUACAAUUGGGUCAUUAUAACCCUCAUGUCGUUCCAAACCCUGUUGUGUGAUGUUAUUUGUUACCGUGGACCAUGCAUCUGUUGAUUACGUCGGUCAUGCUUCAAGACGAGCAAGAAGAGUGAAAAAACCCCAAAUGCAACUGGUUUGGAACAGUAUAAGUCGGUGUAAAUGUCCAAAUUUUCAUCUUUGAGUGAACUAUUCUUUUAAUACACUUCCCUGAAGCCCUAAUAGACUCCUGAAACACGUAAUCAUAUGUCAUAUAAAGUUUUAACUAUUUAAAAAGUUGUUGCAUUUUUCAUAGGUUUUCUCAAACGAAGAAUAUAUUCUGCUAUUUCUGCCUGUGCUGUGUCCAUGCACUUCAAAUGGCAGAACCGUAAUUGUGCCUUGCCUCACAGACUAGGAUAGGCUAGAAAAAUGACACUGCUCAGAGUCAGACAAGUGUCAUUAAAGACUGGUGCUGUCAAGUAGUUUCAGAUUCGAUGAUUUACAAUUUCAAUGUGAAAUAAUCAACACAAGUCUUACUUAUACACACACACCAACACUGAAAUCCAUUCACACAGAUCAACUGAACUCAGCUCCGUGCUGGCAUAUCUUCUAUUUAUGACGUAAUGCAUGUUUUUAAAUGCAGUGAUUGCAUUUGAUACAUUUGUGUAUACCGGAUAAGCUGUACAAAUACAUUUAUUAAACAAUAAAGCACAAAUAAGUGAAAACGGUUAGUUUUUGGACGGUUGUUCAUUUUCGUCUUCUAAAAUGAACAACUAAUGCAAAGGACAGUGUGGCAGGGCGGAGGGCGUGGCCGGGUCGUGAUCCUACACACCCGGUCCCGUAUUAGGCUAAUUAAGCCUCCGUGAGGGAUAAAGGUCGACUGCAGAGGAUCGUGCGUUAGAGAGAGAUCGUUUACGGACAUGCCCGUCAUGUGUGUGUUUAUGUUG